AUGGCUUCACAGCGUGGAGCAGACUCGCCGGCCCAGGGCGACCAUUCCGUUCGGUUUAGUACUCAGAACCAGGAGAUUGAGCCCGAACCCAACCUCUCGCCAGUCCGCUCACUUACCGGCCAUGACGGACAGAGGGAGAACCUGACGCCUCAGGCCGAGGAGGAGCUUAGACAGCUCAAGACAACGCUGCAGAACGGCUUGCAAUCAAAGCGCAUGGAGCACUACUCGUUCGAGCCUGUGUCGUUGCCGGGCUCUCAGCCAGUAUCCAGAGUGCCCUCGGGUCAAUCUAACAGAAGACCUAUCAUGCCGGCCGGCUCUGCACAUCCCUCCCCUCGACCCUCCCCUCCUGCCUCGACAUUCCAUUCCCCUCCUCUUACUCCCUCGGCCUCUCGUUCUAGAGAGGGCAAGCCCGCUGCCAGCACCGCUUCUUCCGUGUCUCAGCUGGCCAAAGCAAGAGCAGCUGCCGACAUCGUGACUCCGCAGAUGUCUGCUUCACCUCAGCCCGGCUCGCGGGUUCCUUCCACGGACGAGACUGGUGUAUCCGCACACCCUAAACAACAGCCUCGAUUCUCUCUUGGUCCUGCUGGCGACUCCAUGCCCCCCUCGCGCGAUCACAGCCCCAACGCGUCUGGAGCAAGUACUCCCACUGGUUCAGGAACUGUAACGCCGUCGGCUACGUACACAAAGCCUUGGCCUCAAGGCGACAAGGACGAUCCCUAUGCCCGCAGCAAGAGAGCUCCUCCUACACGCAAUGUAGACUCCAUCGACGCUCGUUUCCGCUUCGGUAACAGAGAUCCUCGCAAGGGUCACAGCACUUCGGGUACCUCUCUAGUAUCUCUUCCAGCUGCUGCAAACAACUCGAGCUCUGCAAGUCUCAAGCCACCAGAGUCGUCGGACAAAAGAACAAGCUUCUUCGGCGGCAAGAAGCACGACCACCAUGGUGACGAUACUUUCAAGGACAAGGACAAAGCUGCCUCCAAGGUCAGCCUGAAACGCUUUUUCAAGAUUGGAGACAAGAAAGAUAAGAGUCGUGCAAAUUCGCCUGUUAGGACUGGCUCCUCGACUCCCUCUAGCCAAUCUCAAAGCCUGCCUUUCGCCGAUGACCACGGUCUGGCGUCCAAGUACGGCAAAUUCGGCAGAGUCCUUGGAUCUGGAGCUGGUGGCUCUGUGAGACUCAUGAAGAGAACCGCUGACGGCAAGACUUUUGCCGUCAAGCAGUUCCGUGCCCGUCACACCUACGAGAGCGAGAGAGAGUACAACAAAAAGGUUACCGCUGAGUUCUGUAUUGGUUCGACCUUACAUCAUGGCAAUAUCAUUGAGACCAUCGACAUCAUCCACGAAAAAGGCAACUGGUUCGAGGUAAUGGAGUAUGCUCCGUUCGACCUCUUCGCAAUUGUUAUGACUGGCAAGAUGUCGCGCGAUGAGAUCACUUGCUGUACCUUGCAGAUCUUGAGCGGUGUACUUUAUCUGCACAGCAUGGGACUUGCUCACCGAGAUCUGAAGCUCGACAAUGUCGUGGUUAAUGACCACGGUAUCAUGAAGAUCAUCGAUUUCGGAAGUGCCGUGGUUUUCAGAUAUCCCUUUGAGAACGAUAUCGUGCUCUCUACAGGUGUGGUUGGUUCAGACCCCUACCUUGCCCCUGAGGUUUACGACAAUUCGCGCUACGACCCGCAGCCCGCAGACAUCUGGUCAAUAGCAAUCAUCUUCUGUUGCAUGUGCCUGCGUCGAUUCCCUUGGAAAGCACCCAGAAUUUCCGACAAUUCCUACAGACUUUUCGUUUCGCCUCCGGAUCCUGGUCAAGAUCAGCUCCUUGCUCAAUCUAGGCAAUCGAUCACCAGUGGAUCUAAGACAGAAAAUGGUGCCUCAUCAACGUCCGGAGACCAACCCAGCCAACAGAUCAAGGGUCCUCUGCGUUUGCUUCGUCUGCUGCCACGCGACACAAGACACAUCAUUGGCCGUAUGCUGGACCUCGAUCCGCGCCGUCGUGCAACUAUGGAUGAGAUUCUGGCCGAUCCUUGGGUGCAGAAUGCCUACGUAUGUAGGCAGGAAGAAGGAGGAGAAUGCUACCACGCUCCUGGUCACACUCACGUCUUGGAGCCUGGCGGUAGCGCUCAAGCACCCCCAAAGAAGUAG